GAGGACUCCUGGGUCCACCCCCUACUCGCGUCUGGCAGGAACAGGCGCCGCUGCUGCAGUUGCCACUCUCCCUGUCUUGCAGACCUCUCCACCAAUGAGCGAGAACGAGGGAAGGCAACGUUGGCGAAUCUGCGAGGCGCACCGCCCCUCCGCCACCCUCCUCUCGACGUCUAACAUUCUCCCCGUCCCCCCCCCCCACGGCCCUCGGAGCUCCCCCUCCCCACUCAGCGGGGUCUCUUCUCGGGGAGGGAAGAGGCGCAAAAGCGCAGCCGGAGCCGAUUCCGCCGCCCAUCUCGAGGCGCUUGCCAAAGGGCGAGGAGCCUCCGGAUCCCGUUGAUCGGCUCUGCUAGCCACCUCUGCGCCCUCCUCCGCAUCAUCAUCAUCUUCAUCAUCACCCUCGGCAGCCCCACCAUUCCUCCCCUGCUCCACAGAGGCCCGGGUGAGUGGGGAGGGGAGCCAGCCUGGGUCGCAGGAAGCAGUCACUCCUUGGCUCAACUUCCUUCCCGGACUUGGUACUGGCCCCGGGUAGGGAAUCCGUCUCCCCUUCCUUACCCAGCCCCUUAUCCUGCUGCCAGUUACCCUAACUCUCCAUAGGGACGUGGCGGAGAAAAAAGGGUGUCUACCACGUGGGUUGCCAGAAGCAGCUGUUGCUUGGAAUAGAGAGAGGUGUGCAUCACAACACAACCCCCCCCCCCCGGAUUUCUAAGACGUAAUUAGGCUAAACUUACGAAGCUAGUGAUAUUAGCGAGCAGACACACGCCAAGACUGAGAGACAAAAGAGAAAUUGGAUGCAGACAGGCCAUUGAUGAAGAAUGCGGGAACAUCUCGGGGAUCCUCAGAGAUACGGCGGAAAGGGCUGCUGACUAGAGUAAAGAAGGAAAGGGAAAGCGCACAGGAGAGCAAGCCUCUGCCACCUUCUCCAAGGAAAUGGACACGGCUUGCCACUUCAUGCAAAACAGAAAAGGUGGCAACAGAGAAGGAGGAAGAGUCUCCAAUUGUGGUGAAGAUGCUUGAGAUCCCAGUGGGUGACAACAUGCCAGAGUGUUCAUUCUCCCAGAAUAGGUUAAUAAUGGAAGAUGGCAGUGAGAAAGAACUGAUAAUUAGAAGAAGAGUGAAGAAGGAAAAAGACGAGGAAGAGAAUCUGGAAUUUGAAGUGGAGGACUUGUCACCUGAGGAAGAGAAGAAGGCUGAGGUGGAGGAGCAGAAGGCUCAAGAAUUCGAGCUGCAAAAAGUCACCAUCCCGAUAGAUGGGAUUUUGGUGCCCUCCUCCUCCUCACACCCCAAUACCUGUAGCGUUUGUGGCAAGAGUUUUAGCCGUCGCUCAAACUUGGCCAAGCAUCAGAUCAUCCACACGGGUGAGAAGCCUUACCGCUGCAAUGACUGUGGCCGCAGCUUCAACCAGAGCUCAGCCCUCACCAAGCACCAGCGGACACACACUGGGGAGCGCCCUUACGUCUGCGGAGACUGUGGCAAGGCCUUCACGGCCAGCUCAAACCUCCUCCAGCACCGCCGUUUUCACACAGGAGAGCGGCCCUAUCGGUGUGAGCUGUGUGGCAAGGCCUUCUCCCAGAGCUCCAACUACAACCUGCACCGCCGCAGCCACACAGGAGUCACGCCUUAUCAGUGCAAUGUGUGUGGCAAACGCUUUACCGGGAGUUCCUGCCUUACUCGCCACCAGAGGACCCACACAGGGGAGAAGCCAUACCAGUGCCAGGAAUGUGGCAAACGCUUUUCUGGCAGCUCCACUCUGGCCAACCACCGGCGCACCCACACAGGUGAGAAGCCUUACGGCUGUGCUGAGUGUGGCAAGAGGUUCACCCACCACUCCAACCUAGUGGACCACUGGCGGGUGCACACAGGAGAGAAACCGUAUGUUUGCACCGAGUGCGGGAAGAGCUUUCGGCUUAGCUCCCACAUCAUUCGCCACCGCCGCACUCAUGCCAAUGCCCGCGGUGCUAGCCUGGCAUAUGACAUCCUUGGCAGCGUCGAUACAGCUGGCAAUGACGCCAGCAUUAGUGCCCAUCACGUCAGCCUCCUCUAUGAAAACGCCAGCAGCACUGACGGUGGCAGCCCUCAUGGGUCUGGUCACAAUGCCCUGUGUGCCAAUAGCAGCAUCUCCAAUGGCAACAAUGAUACCGAUGGGGAAGAGGGCAGCCGGCUUCUCAUCUGCAGCCAGUGUGGUAAAGGUUUCCGCCUGGAGUCCGGCCUUCAAGAAGACUCCGUGCUGGGUGAGGGACCCUAUACUUGUACUGAGUGUGGCACCAGCUGUUGGACGUAGCCGGACAGUGGUGUAGCUGAACAGCAAAUCUUCCGUAGCCCUCCAGGAUCUCUGGCUGGAUCAGAAAGCAAAGCCCGAGUACAGGAGAGAGAUUUAUCUGUGACUAAAUCAAUAAUGGACCAGAAUGGAGAGGUGUAUUUUGAUCUCCAUUUUUUUAAUGGGUUUGGGGAAAUGCUUGUAUUGAACUAAGAUUGGAUCUGCUUCCAUAGAAUACUAUGUUCACCUCCAAAGAUCUGUUCCUGCUCUUGCUGUGAAGGAAAGGAGUAAAUAAUAUUGCAGAGUA